CAUUUCGGUUCCCGAAGUUCACAAAAAAGACCUGUUCCUUCGCGAAAGACACAGAGCAAUAUAGGUGACACUUCGUAGAAGAUGCUAUUUUGAUGUAAGCUGUUAUUGUUUAUGAAUGUUGGGGUAAUCGAUUCAAAACCUAUAACGAGAAGUCAUACGAAAGGAUUACAUUUUGGUUAGUCUGGGAUUUUUUUUUUUUCGAACAGCGUCACAGACUUUGGGACCUAUCUACAACUACAUUUCAUUCAUUGGCAAACCAGUGCACCUAUGUGCAUUAUGCUAAACAUAUAAAAGAAUACUAAACGAUUUUUCCAUUUGCGACCCUCUCGGACUGUUGUACUUAAACAGGCCACAUGGCUUCUCCUGGUGCCACCUCGAGCCCUCUGAGUUCUCUGGCUCCCAAAAGAAAGACAAAGAAGAAACAUUUUGUGCAGCAGAAAGUUGAGGUUUUCCGAGCCAGUGAUCCUAUUUUAAGCGUCCUUAUGUGGGGAGUCAAUCACUCGAUAAAUGACCUGGCCCAGGUGCCUGUCCCUGUCAUGCUGCUGCCUGAUGAUUUCAAAGCCAAUACAAAGAUUAAAGUCAACCAUCAUCUCUUCAACAAAGAGAAUCUUCCAGGACAUUUCAAGUUCAAAGAGUAUUGUCCACAGGUGUUCCGCAACCUACGAGAGCGCUUUGGAAUCGAUGAACUGGAUUAUCAGGCUUCUCUGGCCCGAAGCCCUCCAGUUAAGGAUGAGGACGGCCAAGGGGCUGGGCUGCUGCUGACGUCAUAUGAUCGCACCCUGAAACUCAAACAGAUCUCUAGUGAGGAAGUGGAAGACAUGCACAACAUCCUGUCUGAAUACCACCAGCACAUUGUCACGUGUCACGGCAGCACAUUGCUGCCUCAGUUCCUGGCCAUGUAUCGGGUGACAGUGGAGAGUGAGGACACCUAUCUCAUUGUUAUGAGGAACAUGUUCAGCCACAGACUUGAUGUCCACAGAAAGUACGACCUCAAGGGCUCCCUGGUAUCCCGUGAAGCAAGUUUCAAAGAAAAGGUUAAAGAAUUGCCCACAUUCAAAGAUGUGGACUUCAGGAAUAACAUGCAGAAGGUUUAUGUAAGCGAAGAUGACAAGGAACGGAUCAUUGACAAGCUCAACAGAGAUGUGGAGUUCCUAGUUCGUCUGAGGAUCAUGGACUAUAGCCUGCUGUUGGGGAUCCACGAUGUCGACCGGGCAGAGGAGGGGGAGGAGAUGGAGGAUUCCUAUGAUGAUUAUGAUGAGGAGGAUGAGGAGGAGAAUGGCCUGACUCCUGCUCCUGCUCUGGGCUACUAUGGCACCUCCCCUGAGGGCAUUGCUGGCUACAUGAACUCCUUUAAACCCUUGGAGCCUGGGGAGUUUGACCCAUAUGUGGAUAUCUAUGCUAUUAGGAGUGCCGUCGGUGCACCUCAGAGGGAGGUGUACUUCAUGGGUUUGAUUGACAUCCUGACCCACUACGACACCAAGAAGAAAGCCGCUCAUGCUGCCAAGACCGUCAAACACGGGGUGAGUGACCCACUGAAGUGUGUGUGCGUCUGGGUAAUGGGUACCGUGCCUGUACGGCUAUGGGGAAAAUACACAGUACGUUGUUCACAAGAUGUCUUCCUUACCUGAAAUAAUGUAAUUAUUGUGUUUGUGUGAUUCCUAGUCUGGAGCAGAAAUCUCAACUGUUCACCCUGAGCAAUACGCUAAGAGGUUCCGUGAGUUCAUUGCUAACAUCUUUGCCUAGCUCACCAGAACCCAGCUGCAGUACCAAGGCAGACUCUGCAGAAAAACACUCACCUUUUACUACCCUUUUGUUAUAAUUCUUUACGUUUAUUCUGAUGUUUAAUUUGAUUUGUCAUUUAACAUAAAAAAUACUCUUAGUAUUGAUAUGUUAUCUAUGGAACAUGAGAAAAACACCAUCAUCAUCAUCAUCAUCAUGUACAAUGAGUUCUGGGAAAGGUGACAGGAUUCAUUGUCUGCCAGAGUCUGACAAAAAGGUGCCUGGUGGUGGCUUACAGUGCAGUCUUCUGGCACUGUCUUCCGGCUGAUUCUUAGACCAGAUAGAGGAACAAAAGAAGACCUUGGGGACUGCUGUUAGUAGACACACUGCAUGGUAUUUUAGAAAGUCUGAUUGAUGCUCUUCUUGGCUUAGACCUCGCUUAAAAGACACAGAGUGAAUAAAUGCUUUCAUUUCUAAAUAUAGACAUUUUAUUAAAUGUUUCUUAAAUCAAAGUUUGAGUUAAUAGUGACUAAAUUAGCACUGAAACAUCUCUGAAGUUCUGACUGUCCUGUAAAUUAGAACUGAAACAUCUCUGAAGUUCUGACUGUCCUGUACAUUGAGAAGUCCUUUUAUACCUUGAAGUGAAGUGAGUCACAGUUUUACGAAAUGUCACCAGAAAUGACAUGAAACCAUACAGUGGCUUUCAAAUUGUUCACUCCCCUCGAACCUUUCCAUGCUGUGAAUUACAACAUAGAUUUAACUAGGAGUUUUUGCAACUGAUCAGCAAAAAAAGUCCAUAAUAUCUACGUGGAAAAUGUACAAAUAUUAAACCGAAUAUAAUCUAUUGCAUAGCUAUGUAACCUUUUGCUACGACACACCUGAAUGAGCUGUGGUGAAACCACAUGUCUUUAGAAGUCACAUAAUUAGUUGAAUGGAGUCUUUUAAAAAUAUAUAUAUAUUUAGAGCAAUUUGUAGAUUUUGUUAUUCACUUAGACAUUAUGGACUUUUUUGUGUCGAUCAGUGUCAAACCCCUCUAAUUAAAUACAGUUUGAUUUCAUGUUGUAACACCAUAACAUGUGGAAAAUUCCAAGGGGGUGAAUACUUUUCAAAGCCACUGUAAUAAGGGAAAUAUAAUUCCUAGGCAUCUGAUAUGAUCUAAUUAACAUGUUAAUGCCUUCCAGUAAACCACUAAAUCCCACAAUCCUCUAGUCACUGUGCAAUCUGAUUAACAUCAAUUGUGCAAUCUGAUUAACAGCCUGAUGUACUACAUGGAAAUGAGAAUGGACAGACAUUUCCUGUCCAGUGCAAUAAGCACCCAGAGCACAUGCACUGUGUAGGCCCCACUAAAUGGACGGAGUUCACACACUGAGCCGUGGGUUUCCUUGGAAAGAGACAAACUUACUUGACAUCUACUGUCCAGAAAGAAUCCACCUCUCCAACUAGCUAUAAAAAUUUAAAUGUAUGUUGUAAUCAAGUGUCCUCUGAAUAAUUCAUCAGGAAUGUGUUAGCUUGACACAGUAUGCAAUUGUGUGUGCAAUCAGUAAGCUUUACUGAUAGCUUAGAAAAUGUUCUUCUUCCCUCACCUUGUUUAUUUUGUCCGCUUUUUCACAAAUACCACCUUACCGUCUCUUUUGGUGUAAUCUAGAAAAUGUUAUUUCCUAGAAAAUGCUUUUCAGAAUGCUGCAUGACAAAGGUCAGAUAUCACAGCUUUUUGUUUUGUCAUAAGUCUGUCAAUACAUUUUCCACUUGCUCUUGGAAAGAUUAAAUAAGUAGGUUUGGGGAACAAUGACAAUUGCUGAGUGGACACAGAAGUACAUUACAUGGGAAUGGCCUUUAAACAAAUUUAAGGUAAAUAUUCUGUUAAUCUGUGGAACCUGCAAGAAAGACAGAAAGUGUGCUUAAUCACUUGCAUGCUUGUCUGUGCCAUACCAGUAGGAGACUGAUGUCUUUGUGGGAUUUACACAUGUCAAAACACUUGGUGAUUUCCACUAAUAUAGUCUUCAGUUUAUCAUUCCAAAAAAUCUUUUGAAAGGCAAACCUGACCCUUAAUUUUCUUUGAUGGAUUUCUGCUCUGGCUCAUAACUCAGGUGCUAGUCUUGUGUCUCGAUGAUGAUGCAGACGCUGUAGUGAUGUAAGUAAUUCAUAAUAACUCAGAAAGACUUUGUCACAUGCAAUUCUUGUCUUUUCUCUCUUUGAAAGGCUACCGUCCCCUGUGUCGUUUUGAUUCCCCUUCCGUAUUUGUUGGUUCAUUCUUUUUUGCCUGAAUGUCCCCCUCUGCUUUCCUCUACUGCUCCAGCUAGUCUCCUCUAGCUGAGUGGUGUUUUCUCAAGGCUGGAGGAGAGGGUUGGGUAGGGAUUUAAACCGUGCAGCACGCGUCUUUGCCACCACAGUGGUUAUUGAGAAACACAGAGCCAGAGCAGGGCCUCCUCCAGGUGCUGUCACAGUGCUCCGGGAACCAUGACUCUCUGUCAGCUGCAGUGUGUUCUACAGGUUCAACACUCUGCUCCCUUUCUGCUGAUCGUAUCCUCUCAUCACUGCUCUCAAGGUCAUGGAUGAGCAGAAGCACCAUAACUCCUCCUUGUACGAUGACAACUACACAGACUUUGCCUGGUUCACCGAUGAGUGACGCUUGACACUGUUGCUGCUCUAGCUUUGUGCCUGGCUUUUAAAACCUCAGCUGGUGCGAUCAACUGGCACCAUGAUCCUCUGCUUGCUUAACACGAGCUUGUCAGACUGCUGAUGAUGUUGGAAGUGCCCUUCUUCAUGCUGGAGGCCAUGGGCACGUCUAGGUGUGGGGACAAUUCAUGGGUCACGUCACUAACUCAUCUAUGUCAUCAGCUUCUACAGCAGCUAAUUUCUUCCCGGCCAGCAUGAUGAUGGAGCACCAGCUGGACAUGGUGCAGUCACCGGCCCCCGGGGAGCCAAGCGGGUCAGGCCGAGGGGUUUCUCUGUGGGUUUCUCUGUGGGUUUCUCUGUGGGUUCCUCUGCGUCCCGUGUGUGGUCCUGGCCCUGCCAGAGAACAUCCUUGCGGUGCUGCUAGAUUGGGAAGGGCCACCUCAUCUACACCUGUCUAUACCGUCCUGUAGCUGAUCAGUUCCCGGGCCCUGCUACAGUGAUGGUGAUCGUUAAUGUCCCGAUCUGGCGUGCGGAGGGGGCCAGCCCCAGGGGUGGAAGCUGUGGCUGGAUCCUCGGUACCCCCCCCCCCCCCCCCAUGUGUUUGUGCUGGGCUGGAUGCCCUUCCACAUCACCAUGCAUCUGUGGCUCGUCGUCCAGCUGGACCCCAGGGUGAUGAACCGCCAGGCCAUGACAAGAACGGUCCGAACCCCUGUCACUGUUGCACGGAGUCGCCAACCCCAUCCAAAGGAGAUCCUCAGCAGGACUUUCCAACCUCGUCGCGGACCUGACUCGCUGUUUGCCUAGGGAGGUUGUCCCCCCCUCCCCCCCGGGGAGGGAAGAGAGUCCCGUUGGUAGGGGGAGGGGGGGGCUGCAGCUAGUGUGAGGGCAGAAGAGUUGAGUCAUGCUGGGACCAGGGUGGAUGUGGAGUUUUGAAGAGAGGGACGAUUGUUGCGCGGGAGCAAAAAACAAAUGUGGUGGAAUGUCCCUUACACAUGCUUGGUACACAAUGUGCGUGCGGACUGAGCCUGGGGCUGCUUCCAUUGCUUCUGUCGCGCCUUCUGUCUUGGAUGACAUUUCACUAAACACUGAUUGUGAGUGAAACAGACAGGCUUAAAAACUGAUUAGGACGAUUAGGACUAAAUCAAAUGCCUUCAAUUUUGGUUAAAGUAGACAUUUGUUUAAUUAUGUUUAUGCUUUUCUCAAAAGGCUUUUAUACAGCAGUUGUUUUUCCAUGUUUCAUAAAAUCACAAGACAUACUGCUAUCUCUUUGAUAACUAUAGAAGAACAAGGUACUGAACAUGCGUGAUAAACCAACUUCAGAAUGUAAAUGUAUCAAAUAUCCAGGACUGUGAAGUUGUUGUUGGUCAUGUAGGAACCUCCUUGUCUUCUUCAUACUCGAACAAACAAGUAAUAACACUCAAAACACUUCACGCUGCUUGUCUGUUCUUUGUCACAACAACAAUAAAAUAAGGAUUCUCUUCUUAACUGUCAAUAGUUUUGGCACAGUCUUUACCUGGCAAUGCUGACAUCUUUCUGCUCUGCUGAUUUAGGAUGUACAAAAUGGCCCUGGUCCAUUUGGGCCCUAGUCAAAAGUAGUACUCCACUAUGACCUGGAAAGGUCCAGCGGUCUAAGGUGCUGUCUCUAGUGUGCAUGUACUGCUGAGGUUUGAAUCCAGUACAUAAAGUAGCACCCUACCUAAUAAUGUUUCAUUUGGGACAGAAUCAGGAACAGUUUGGUCAGAGACAGCACUAACCCUCCUGGAAGAUUUCUUUUGUCUGCCCAUCUCCUCACAAUCUACCUCCACAUGACUGAAGCCUGAGAAGAGGGUUCUCUUUGUAUAGCGGUCUCUUAAUUUUUUCCGAGGCUGUAUGGCUAACCUAGUUAUACAAAUGUUAACAUCAAGCUGUAUAUCCCUUAAUGUAUGUAUUUUUCUAGAUUAAUCAGUUUAAGGAUAUUUUUGUACACAUUUAUAUAGUGAAACCCAAGCAUGCAGAAACACAUCGAACAUCAACAUUGAUUGCCUCCCAACCUGUUCUAAAAAACACCCCAAAAAG